AUGGACAAAUCAGAAAUCCUCGUCCACAUCUCAGCGCCCAGUGGCGUCGUUGACGACGCCCGCUAUCGUGCGCAAGUGGAAGCUAUUUUGAACUUCCAGUCUCACUCACGUGAGCUCAUCACACUCAGAGCAGACGAGACACCAUCUCAUCUUGCAUCUUCGCUUUUGCACUCGAGCGCAUCACCGCAUCUGGAUACGAAUAAUGGGUCCAUUAGUUCGCCGCCUUGCGUUCCUGUCCAGGCCGCAAAACGACCUGCUUCCCAGAAGGACUCGCUCGGUAGCCCCGUCAGUGUGAUUCCGGACUCCCAACCACAACAACCAGAAUUUAUAGCUGAAAGCCUGCACUUGACACCUUUUCUCCUUUCGAAACGACCUCGACUGGGCUCUCCGCCUCGUUCUUUGCGCGGUGAGAUACAGCGUCCGGAGACGGCAGCAACUGCUAGUAUAGCAACUGCCAGCCACAAUACUACGACUCAAGACGAGCAAGAGGGUGAUGAAUCGAAGCAGUCUACCCUACCGCCGGAAAAGCUAGAACAAAAGCAGUGGCUUGACUUGUCUUGUCUUCCCUUGGAGAUCAAACCACCUCCUCCCCCAAUAGCCUCAUCCCCCUUCAUAACCCACAUCACACCAACCCUAGAGAUGCUAACCAAGCGUCUCAAAUCACCUCGAUCUUACAAUCCCACGAACCAAACCAGAGACCUCGACAAUCUUGAGCGUGGAUACUGGUGUCUCCGCAUCAACAUCGCCUCGAAUGGUCCGGAGAAACCCACAGCACCUAAUCCCGUAAGCUGGGACACGACUUUUUUCCACAACUUUUGGACUUUUCUCUCCGAUUUCAUUGCGAAAGAAGGCCGAGCAGGAUGGGGUGUAUGGUGCAUCGCCGAAGAUGAGACUCCAUCUUCUCGAACCCCGGUCCCGCAAGAAACACCUGAGGGAGAGACCUCACAAUUGAUGACAAACAAUAUCACUCAACAACUCGCAGUAAAAGUCUACGCCUGGGGCGAGAUUGCUUGCCAUAUAUACCUCCUCCUCUUUCUCGCCAGCGAACGGCGAAUUCGCAAGAUGGGCGCCCAGUGGCGCGAUGCUCGUGAUAUUGUUGUCAUUCAGAUGCCGUAG